AUGACUCUUUCUAUGUUGCACAUACCUGCUGACCUGUUCAUCGGGGAUUUUCGGGCUGCCUUCAGAAAGAAAUGCGAACCCGGUGGCCGGAUACCACGCAUAGCCUACCAAGCAUACAAGCAGCAUACCAGCUUCACGCAGAAAUACAUCACCACCACCCUUGACGCGAACACACGAAUCAACCUGCAACCGGCAACCAAGACAAAAAUGACCCUCCUCCUCACCCGCCAACUCGCCCACUUUCCCAGGUCGACUCCCCGCCUCUCAUCAAAACGACUCUACAGCACAUCUCCAAAACCAAACCCAAAGACCAAGCGCGAAGAAGAUACACCGGAAAUCCCCUCCUUCAGCUUCAAAGACCUGGGAGCCAGCCCGACCGUCAAAGCGGUCGUGUAUCUGGGGAUCGGAAUCAUUGCCACGGCUGAGACGUAUACGUAUAGUAUGUGGGCUUGGAAUUGGUGGAAGAGGAGAGGGGAGGGAAGAGUUGGGGAGCAAUGA